GAGGAUACGGAAUCAGCCGCCGAAUAUAAGCAUGGAGGCUACCACUCCCUCAACUAUGGCGAUGUCUUUAAGCAGCGCUACCGCAUCAUCAAGAAGCUUGGCUGGGGUCACUUUUCCACCGUGUGGCUUGUGCAUGACACCACCCGCUCCCACUAUGGGGCCCUCAAAAUUGUCAAGAGCGCCUCUCAUUACACCGAGGCUGCUGAAGAUGAGAUCAAGCUGCUGCGCGCCGUUCGUGACACUGACAAAACAGCGCGAGGCCGCAACCGUGUGAUUCAGCUCAUUGAUGACUUUGCCAUUUUCGGUACAAACGGCACUCACGUGGCAAUGGCUACCGAGCUACUCGGCUGCACGCUUCUGAAACUCAUCAAGUGCUUUCACUACCGUGGUUUACCCCGCAUGCUCGUGAAGCGCAUCGUGCGCCAGGUCCUCGAGGGCCUUGACUAUCUGCACACGAAAUGCACCAUCAUUCACACUGACAUCAAGCCCGAAAACAUUCUUGUCCUCCUCACUGAAGAAGAGAUUUCCCUGAUGGGCAAAAACGCUCUGGAAACCUAUCAUGAACGUGGUCCUGCCACGCCAGGUGCCGCCCUCAAUAAAACUCAGAAAAAGAACCGCCGUCGCCGUCAACAAGGCAAGCUGGCUUCUGGUGAUGGCGAAGCACCGUCCGCCGCCGCCGCCGCCGCCGAUGACGCUGAAAAGCCGACCACAACCCAGCCCCCAGUCAGCGGCGGUGAUGCCGGCAGCCCCGGCGAUGACGCUUCAGAAAGGAAGGCCGGUGCGGCCGAAGCCAGCCCUGAUGCUUCCGGCGACCCAGAUGCCAAUGCCACAGCUGUUGUGUCCAAGCCCACACUAAUGCAUUUGGCACCACUCACACGUGCCCACCCCUGGUAUCUGCUGCUUUGGGGAACGUUAUUUCCAGGGACGUGGCGAGAGAAGUUGCAUGACAUGCAGUUUCUCGAGUCGUGCGAUGUCAAGAUUGCUGACUUGGGCAAUGCAUGCUGGGUUGACCAGCACUUUGCCAACGUGAUCCAAACCCGCCAAUACCGAUCACUUGAAGUGCUGUUGGGAGCCCCCUAUGACACCUCUGCCGAUGUCUGGAGCGUUGCUUGCAUGACUUUUGAGCUGCUCACUGGCGAUUACCUCUUUGAACCGCGCAAGGGCCGAGACUUUAGCCGGGACGAAGAUCACGUGGCAUUGAUCACCGAGCUACUUGGUCCCAUUCCCUCUUUCAUCGCAUUGUCUGGGAGCAACUCGCGCCGAAUCUUUGCCAAGGGAGGCAAGGAGCUUCUGCACAUCAAGGAGCUACGCUCCUGGCCCCUCUACAACGUCCUUUGUGAAAAAUAUAAUUUUGAUGCAAGCGAGGCAGAGGCAUUGCAGUCCUUCAUGCUGCCCAUGCUUGAUGUCAGCCCGGUGCGACGGGCUACAGCCGCCUUGUCUCUGCGUCAUCCUUGGUUGGAAAUU